UUUUGUGGCAAAUAAAUCAAUGAAGUGCCUGUGCAAGACUUCUGUUUUAAGUAAGCGGACAUGCUACAUUGUGGCCCGUUAAUGCAAGUUUCAUAUUAGUUUUAAAAUUGUGAAAAAAAAGGUGUUUGUUUUUCUCGCAGUAUAAUGCAACUUCAGUAGUACCGUUUAAACACCCCCCCCCCCCGGCAAAUUGAUUGAAGUGUUUUGCAGUCUUGAGCGUAUUCCCACAAGCAAGUUUCAGAGAAUUUAUAACGUAAAUGUCUGAAUGAGUACUGGGGGUGCGCAGUUUACGUGGUAACAAACCAUUACGAUUAUUUUUGUGUGUUGACUGCCUGUGUGAAAGGAUGGCGGCGGUUGUAGCAGCUCCUGCAGUCCCGGCCGAGUCAGAGUUGGACCGGAGCGGGACAGAAGAAGACCCCAGAGAAGCCGUGUCGGAAGAGGAAGGUUGCCCGCAGCAACAGGCCGGGGCUCCGAGCUCGGCUUCCCACAACCGCCUGGCGAAGCUGCCUCUGGCUCGGAUAAAGGCACUGAUGAAGGCCGACCCAGAUGUGACCCUGGCGAGUCAGGAUUCUGUGUUUGCCAUUGCUAAAGCUACAGAGCUGUUUGUUGAAACGAUAGCCAAGGAUGCUCUUGUUUAUGCUCAGCAAGGCAAGAGGAAGACCCUGCAGAGGAAAGAUCUAGAUAAUGCAAUCGAUGCUAUUGAUGAGUUUGCCUUUCUUGAAGGCACUUUGGACUGAAGUGUGGAAACAAAAUCACAAAGAAUGCAACUUUAUACCAAAGCAACCGUGGAACACAUCUGCAAGUAGUUCCUUUUUACAGUUUUGUACAAAGCUUUUCUAUGUAAAAUGCUUUGUUUUGUGUUUGUGUGUGUAUAUAUCCCUAAGUGAUUUGUUUUAUAAACUUAUGAUUUAUAAAGCACGCUUCCAGAUUACAAACUAGUCAUCAGCCAGUAUUGCUCUUGCUCAGUUUCUGACCAUAAUAGUUAGUCUGCAGCAUGAGGAAAUCCUUCAUUCACCUUUCCUACUGAGCCCAUAGAGACUACUUUUGCAAAGUGCCUUCACUGCUGUAUGUAGUUGACCUACCCCAUCAACUUGACCAUUGCUUCAAGCUACUGGAAUUGUGUAAAUGUCCACUUUUGUGUAAUAAAACUGAUAUUUUGUUUUAAA